AUGAACAACAAUGAAGCAACCACACCAUCAAAACACGAAAAACGAUUUGUUUCAAAUACUCCUCAUGGAUCACCUAAUGAAAAAUCGAAUUCUCGCCAAUUGAAUAAUCAAAACACAACAUCUGGAUCAGCUUCCAUGAUAAGCAUACCUAUGGAUGUCGAUGCUGAGCAAACAGUUGCUGAUUUAACUGUAACAAGUGCUGCCAAUUUGAACCCGAUGAAUACUGAACUCGAACGACAUGAUUAUUCGCCCAUACAACCAUAUUGGUUUUAUUCAAAGAAGAGUCAAGGUCGUAUGACAUGGAUACCAUUUUCACUAACCGAUGUACGAAGACUUGAUGAAGCUUAUGCUCAAAAUCGAGCAGUCAUAGCUACGAAUGGCAAUCGUUAUGAUGUUAAUCUUGUUGAACGGACUCGUACGCCUGUGUAUUGGACCGAUGAACCCAAUGAAAUACGACGUUCAAAAUGGUUUUAUUUACCUGAAAAUGAUAGUAGAUUUAUUCCAUUUGAUGAAAAAAUGAAUGAAAUACUUGAAAAUCUUUACAAAGAAACAUGUCAUAAACAAUUGUGGCAUAAAAAACAUGAAAUGAAUGACGGAAAAGAAAUUCUUAUCUUUCAUACUCCUGUUAUGAUGACAAUACAAUCCACUGAAGGUGAAAUAACGCAUUGGUCAAAUUUUUCUUAUGAAACUCGAACAUUGAAGCGCGGUUUGCCUGAAAUGUUUUUUGAUGAAAUUCGAUUUGGUGAUAAAGACCCGGUUCAACAUGUGUGUUUUGUAGUACACGGCAUUGGUGAAGCAUGUGAUACUAAAUUUCGGCCAUUGGUCGAAUGUGUUGAAGAUUUCCGCGAAACAAGUCGAACAAUUCUACAAAGUCACUAUAAGUCUUAUGUAGAAAACGGUGAUAUCCACCGUGUAGAAUUUUUGCCAGUUUAUUGGCAUAGUGAUCUUCACAUGGAUGCAACUGGCAUUGAUAGUCAUUUAUUAGCAUUAACAUUGCCAAGUGUAAUAAAACUUCGAACAUUUAUCAAUACAACUCUGUCGGAUAUAUUAUUCUAUACAAGUCCUUUUUAUUGUCAAAAAAUAAUCUCACGCUGUAUAAAUGAAAUGAAUCGCCUGUACAAUAUAUUUUUACAACGAAAUCCAUCAUUUAAUGGACAAGUAUCUGUAAUUGGUCAUAGUCUUGGAUCAGUUAUAAUUUAUGACAUUCUAGCUAGCCAAACGCCUGUGAGUAAUGAAGAAGCUUCGAGUAAUAUUGACGAAGAAAACAGCAAAAAUUUAUGUGUAUCUGGUACCGGUCAAGUAUCGAUUCAAACUGAAAAACUACAAUUUCCAGUUGCAUAUUUUUUUGCAUUAGGUUCUCCUAUUGCAAUGUUUUUAACCGUACGAGGAAUAAAGUCACUAGCAUGCGAUUAUACAUUUCCAACAUGUAAAGGCCUAUUAAAUAUAUUCCAUCCGUAUGAUCCAGUAGCAUAUAGACUUGAACCAUUAAUCGAUCCUAAGUGGACUGUAUCACCAGUAUUAUUACCGCAUCAUAAAGGAAGAAAACGACUUCACCUUGAAUUAAUUGAUGGACUUUCGAGAGCGACAGAUUUAAAACAAAAAAUGCUUGAUUCAUUUAAAAAUACAAUGAUUUCGAUUACUGAUUUUGUCACAUCGUACACAAGUCCUGCACAAGCAACUCCAACAAUAUCAUUGUCAACAUUAGAAGCACAAGCAACAACUGUACCGAUAAUUUCACAAGCAGAAUCCGAGCUUAGACAUGCUAAUGACAAUGAAGAAACUCAUAUUGAUGAAUGGGACAAUCGACCAAUAGGAAAAUUAAAUCAAGGUCGUCGCAUUGACUAUGUUCUUCAACAUCGUCCGAUUGAGGCAAUCAACGAUUAUUUAUUUGCUUUUGCAAGUCAUGUUUCAUAUUGGGAUUCGGAAGAUACUAUGCUAUUAAUAAUGAAAGAAGUUCUUAAAUUAGACAAUUUCGAACCCGAACCACAAUAUGAAACUAUUGAGCAAAUGAUUAAAUCGAAUGUAUUGAACUAUUUUGUAAAAAAUCAAACGACGAAAGUGAAUGAACUUCUGCCAUAUUUAGCAAAAUCGGAACAACGUUCAAACUUAAUAAUAGACCCGAGCAAUAUUGCACCAAGAAUGUCUUAA